GGGCCACCGGGCUGCUCCGAGUGAGAACCGUGAGGGUUGCCAAGCUCUGUGGGGACCUCUGACCCUUGGGCAGCACCUCCCGACAGCUGGCUCGGGAACCAACUCUGCGAGCCAGCCAAACUUAGGUCCCUGUAUCCAUGGUGAAGAAAGAUGGUUGGAAUCUUCCCGGGCUAGAUGGAAUAGAUAGUGAAAUCUAACCACGUGGAUUAUACAACCUAAUUCCUAUUGCCUGGAAAACUCUGGGAGAGUGGUAUUGGAUACCAUUACAGUCAGCAAAUCUUCGUCUAAAAUUUUGAGCGCAUAUCUCAGAUCUACUUGUAAAAGUAACAUUUUCUGGAUUGGUGUGAGACAACUUGUUUUGAAUCAGAGUGAAAAUGAGUUCUUCAGUAAGAAGAAAAGGCAAGCCAGGCAAAGGAGGUGGAAAAGGGUCUUCUAGAGGAGGAAGAGGAGGCAGGAGUCACGCCAGUAAAUCUCAUGGGAGUGGUAGUGGUGGCAGUGGCGGUGGUGGUGGUGGCAACAGAAAGGCCUCCAGUAGAAUAUGGGAUGAUGGAGAUGACUUUUGUAUCUUCAGUGAAUCAAGGCGCCCUUCCAGACCUAGCAACAGUAACAUAAGCAAAGGAGAGGCACGCCCAAAAUGGAAACCCAAAGCCAAAGUACCCCUUCAGACUCUACAUAUGACUUCUGAGAAUCAAGAGAAAGUGAAAGCUCUUCUCCGAGACCUGCAAGAGCAAGAUGCUGAUGCUGGAUCUGAAAGAGGCAUUUCUGGGGAGGAGGAAGAUGAUGAGCCUGAUUGCUGUAACGAUGAGCGGUACUGGCCAGCUGGACAGGAACCUUCCCUCGUUCCCGACUUGGAUCCUUUGGAAUAUGCUGGCUUAGCCCCAGUGGAGCCUCAUGUUCCAGAAUUUACAGUCUCCCCAUUUGCAGUGCAAAAACUUUCCAGGUAUGGUUUCAAUAUUGAACGCUGUCAAGCAGUCCUGAGGAUGUGUGAUGGAGAUGUGGGAGCAUCACUGGAGCAUCUCCUUACCCAGUGUUUUUCAGAGACAUUUGGAGAGAGGAUGAAGAUCUCUGAGGCAGUCAACCAGAUAAGCUUGGAUGAGUGUAUGGAACAGCGACAGGAAGAGGCGUUUGCUCUCAAGUCCAUCUGUGGAGAAAAAUUUAUAGAAAGAAUUCAGAACAGAGUCUGGACCAUUGGAUUAGAACUGGAGUAUUUGACAAGUAGAUUCCGCAAAUCCAAGCCAAAAGAAAGUACCAAAAAUGUACAAGAAAAUUCACUUGAAAUCUGUAAAUUUUACCUCAAAGGAAAUUGUAAAUUUGGAUCAAAAUGCAAAUUCAAACAUGAAAUGCCCCCAAAUCAAAUUGUUGGAAGAAUAGAAAGAAGUGUAGACGAUUCUCAUCUUAAUGCUAAUGAAGAUGGAUCUUUUUUAUAUGAACUUGAAAUUCGAUUUUCUAAAGACCACAAAUAUCCCUACCAAGCUCCCCUCAUAGCAUUUUAUUCCACCAAUGAGAACCUACCUCUGGCUUGUCGUUUACAUAUUUCUGAGUUUCUUUAUGACAAGGCCUUGACAUUUGCGGAAACUUCGGAACCUGUCGUAUAUUCUUUGAUAACCCUUUUAGAGGAAGAAUCGGAAAUAAUCAAGUUACUAACGAAUACCCAUCACAAGUAUAGUGUCCCUCCCGUGAACUUUCUGCCAGUACCCUCUAGGACCAGGAUAAAUAAUCCUGCCUGUCAUAAACCAGUGAUUCCAAAUAAUUCUUUUGUUUCUAAUCAAAUUCCAGAAGUUGAAAAAGAAUCAGAAUCUGAGGAGUCAGAUGAGGAUGAAGGUCCUGCACCUGUUAUAGUAGAGAAUGAAAGCUAUGUGAACCUUAAGAAAAAGAUUUCCAAAAGAUAUGACUGGCAGGCAAAGUCAGUACAUGCUGAAAAUGGUAAAAUCUGCAAGCAGUUCCGAAUGAAACAGGCUUCCAGACAGUUCCAGUCCAUUCUGCAAGAGAGACAAUCACUCCCUGCUUGGGAAGAAAGAGAAACCAUUCUUAACUUACUGCGUAAGCACCAGGUGGUUGUCAUAAGUGGUAUGACUGGAUGUGGGAAAACCACACAGAUUCCACAGUUUAUUCUGGAUGAUUCUCUGAAUGGACCACCUGAAAAGGUGGCCAACAUCAUCUGUACCCAACCCCGACGAAUCUCUGCAAUCUCUGUUGCUGAACGCGUUGCUAAAGAAAGAGCAGAGAGGGUGGGUCUGACCGUGGGAUACCAGAUUCGGUUAGAAAGUGUCAAGUCCUCAGCCACCAGACUGUUAUACUGUACUACGGGAGUGCUACUGAGAAGGCUAGAAGGAGAUACAGCUCUACAGGGAGUCUCCCAUAUCAUUGUUGAUGAAGUUCACGAGAGGACAGAAGAAAGUGACUUCUUGCUGCUAGUUUUGAAGGACAUUGUAUCGCAGAGGCCAGGUCUUCAAGUUAUUUUAAUGAGUGCGACUCUAAACGCUGAGCUUUUUUCAGAAUAUUUUAAUUCCUGCCCAGUUAUUACUAUACCAGGUCGUACAUUUCCUGUUGAUCAAUUUUUUUUGGAAGAUGCAAUUGCUGUGACAAGGUAUGUAUUACAGGAUGGGAGCCCAUAUAUGCGGUCCAUGAAACAGAUUUCAAAAGAAAAGCUUAAAGCAAGGCGGAACAGAACUGCAUUUGAAGAAGUGGAAGAAGACCUGAGGCUCUCCCUUCACCUCCAGGAUCAGGAUUCUGUCAAAGAUGUAGUGCCAGAUCAACAGUUAGAUUUUAAGCAGCUCCUGGCCCGCUAUAAAGGGGUUAGCAAGUCAGUCAUCAAAACAAUGUCCAUCAUGGAUUUUGAAAAGGUGAAUCUUGAAUUAAUAGAGGCCUUAUUAGAGUGGAUUGUGGACGGAAAGCACUCCUACCCUCCAGGUGCUGUACUUGUAUUUUUACCAGGACUAGCAGAAAUCAAAAUGCUUUAUGAACAGCUACAGUGUAAUUCUCUUUUCAACAACAGACGUAGUAAUCGAUGUGUUAUUCACCCACUUCAUUCAUCUUUAUCCAGUGAAGAGCAGCAGGCUGUGUUUGUAAAACCUCCUGUAGGAGUAACUAAGAUUAUAAUUUCCACCAACAUUGCUGAGACAUCCAUAACCAUCGAUGAUGUUGUCUAUGUCAUCGAUUCUGGGAAAAUGAAAGAAAAGAGAUAUGAUGCCAGCAAAGGGAUGGAAAGUCUAGAGGACACUUUUGUGUCUCAAGCCAAUGCUCUACAAAGGAAAGGCCGAGCAGGCCGUGUUGCAUCUGGGGUCUGCUUCCAUUUAUUCACUAGCCAUCACUACAAUCACCAACUUUUAAAGCAACAGCUACCAGAAAUACAAAGAGUGCCACUGGAACAGCUGUGUCUAAGAAUUAAAAUUUUAGAGAUGUUUAGUGCUCAUAAUCUCCAGUCUGUGUUCUCUCGGCUCAUUGAACCUCCACACGCCGAUUCUCUUCGUGCCUCAAAAAUACGAUUACGAGACUUAGGAGCAUUAACUCCAGAUGAAAAAUUGACCCCUCUUGGGUAUCACUUGGCCUCUCUGCCUGUGGAUGUGAGAAUUGGCAAACUAAUGUUGUUUGGGUCCAUCUUCCGCUGUUUGGAUCCUGCUCUCACCAUUGCUGCCAGUUUGGCUUUUAAGUCUCCGUUUGUAUCUCCCUGGGAUAAAAAAGAAGAAGCUAACCAGAAAAAGCUGGAAUUUGCAUUCGCAAACAGUGAUUAUCUGGCCCUUCUACAAGCAUAUAAGGGAUGGCAGCUAAGUACAAAAGAAGGUGUGCGUGCAAGUUAUAAUUACUGCAGACAAAACUUCUUGUCCGGAAGAGUUCUGCAGGAAAUGGCCAGCCUCAAACGACAAUUCACGGAGCUGUUAUCGGAUAUAGGGUUUGCAAGGGAAGGGCUCAGAGCAAGGGAAAUUGAGAAAAGGGCCCAAGGAGGAGAUGGUGUCUUAGAUGCCACAGGAGAAGAGGCAAACUCAAAUGCUGAGAACCCCAAGCUGAUAUCAGCAAUGCUGUGCGCUGCUUUGUAUCCAAAUGUAGUGCAGGUGAAAAGCCCAGAAGGAAAAUUUCAGAAGACCAGUACUGGAGCUGUCAGAAUGCAACCAAAAUCGGCUGAGUUGAAGUUUGUCACCAAGAACGAUGGAUAUGUACACAUUCACCCUUCAUCAGUGAACUAUCAGGUGAGACACUUUGACAGCCCCUACCUGUUGUACCACGAGAAGAUAAAAACUAGUCGGGUAUUCAUCCGAGACUGCAGCAUGGUGUCUGUGUACCCGCUGGUCUUGUUUGGAGGAGGCCAAGUGAAUGUGCAGCUUCAAAGAGGAGAGUUCGUUGUCUCCCUGGAUGAUGGUUGGAUCCGUUUUGUAGCUGCUUCCCAUCAGGUGGCUGAAUUGGUAAAGGAGCUUCGUUGCGAACUUGAUCAGCUUCUCCAGGAUAAAAUUAAAAACCCAAGCAUUGAUCUGUGUACGUGUCCUCGAGGAUCCCGGAUCAUCAGCACAAUUGUGAAACUUGUCACCACACAAUAAAGAGCAGUCUUACAGAGUGCUUGCUACUCACCUGCUUCUAGCUCACCUGGGAAAUAACAGCAGAACCUCUACCUCCAACUAAAGACCUGUUGGGGCUGGCCCUGGUGGAGGAGCCCAGGGCAGGCAGCCCAAGGCAGCUGAGGCAGUGCAUAUACCCUUAGGGCCAUUUCUAACAAAGCCUUGGCCACUCCCAGCACAAUUUGGAGUGUCAAGGGUAAGAGCCUAAACCCCAGCUUGCCUGUUUUUGUCUCUGUGACUGUUCUGGAGUGAAUUAAGUUCACCUGAUAACACAAAAGUGAAUGUAUAAUACAAUUCUGUUUUAAUCUGUGUAUUCUUUUUCUCUACUUUUUACUGGGGUGAUACAGGGGCAUGAGGAGAAAUACGCCUUUUUUUUUUCUUUCCCUGUCGUCAAAGCUCAACUGAGAGAAUUCAGAACAGAGAAGGGAAAAAAGACAAAACUAUGUGAACAAGAAAAAAUAAAAUUUCAUUUUAGGCUAUUGGCUACUGAGUAACCUUGACUUGUGAGGGAUUUUUAUUUUUACUCAUUAAAGGGCAACUUAAAAAAA